AUGUCUCAACUGCGUGCGGCUGUCCAUGUUGCACCGCCAACUACCUGCCAGCCCGGUUGCUUCGUCGAGAAGUGGUCACCAACUUCCUGCACGCUGAUCUACGACGAUAAGAAUGCCGUACUGGUAGACACCCCCAUCACCGUCGAACAAAACGAAAACUUGCUCGCAUGGAUCUUGGAAACAGCUCCUGGCCGCAAUCUUGAAACGAUCUACAUCACUCACGGCCACCCGGAUCACUGGUUUGGGAUACCCAUCAUGCUCAAGAAGUUUCCAAAUGCCAAGGUCCUCGCUACUGCGGGAACAAUCAAGCACGCGAAAGAUGAUGUGAAUGGACCUGCAUGGGCUCACACAUGGGCAGCAUGGUUUCUAGACCACGAGCUUCCACAACCUUUUGUGUUCCCUGAGCCUCUCACCGAAAACAAAUUCCUCAUUAGUAACAAAUGGGAGUGUCAAGUGAUCGAAGUCGGACAUUCGGACACACACGACACGACAGUGCUAUGGAUACCAGAUUUGAAGCUCGUAGUAGCGGGCGACGUCGUAUAUGGGCAAGUGCACCAGAUGCACGCGAUCGGAACUUCACCAGAGCAACGCGCCGAAUGGCUGGCCGCACUCGAUAUUGUGGAAAAGUUGAAGCCAUCAUAUGUCGUAGCUGGUCAUCAACAAGCCGGAGAAAUGCAUGGGCCGUGGACUAUUCCGGCGACUCGCCAAUACAUCAAGGAUUUCGAGAAGGUGCUCGAUCAAGUUGUCGGACGAGGCGGAAACGCAGAAGACGCCUAUGAAGAGAUGAUGAAGCUUCACGGAGAGAGGGCAAAUCCUGGUGUGUUGAAAUUCGGUUUUGGUGCUACCUUUGCAGCCCUCGGUAAACAGCGUGCUGCACUAUGA